UUUAAACAUUGUUCAGUUUUAAUUAAUUUGGUGAAUAUUGUGGUAUAUUAUCUACAUAAAGGCUUUUAGGGAUCAAUAACUUCUCAAAGUAUGAAAGAAUCCUGAGACAAAAAUUGAGAGUUGCUGAGCUAAGAUAUUUACACAGAAGGAAGCAGAUAUUUUGCCCAAGUGGUGAGAUUUUAGAUAAUAAUCCUUUUCUCUAUUUUUUUUUUUUUUUACCCCUCAGUUACUGAGGUUGAGCCCAGGGCCUUUGCACUGAGCUACAUCCUCAGCCUUUUUAUUUUGAAACAGGGUCUCACUAAGUCGCUAUGUUGCCUAGGGUGGGCUCGAAUUUGCGAUCCUCCUGCCUCAGUCCCUGAUAAAAUCUUUACGAAAGACGGCCCACCCGGUGUCUGCGGGCGCCCCCUGCUGCCCUUUGUGACGCCGGCAGCAGUUCGGUUCCCUGCUCUGUGCCGGGGUCUGGGCAUAGCGCUGGGAGCGAUGGCCGAGGCGCAGGAGCAGCGGCUGCAGCUGCAGAAGGACAACCGCGACGGCCGCCUGCGGAAGCAGGAGCUGGAGGAGCUGGUGCGCGGGCUGGAGGCCGAGAGCGAGAGCCUCGCCGGGCGUCUGCACGAACUGCGCGAGCGUGAGCGCAGCCUGCAGCGGAGGCGAAGCCAGGCGGCACCGGCCCCACGAGGGGAGGCGCGCGAAGCGGCCCGGGAGCGCGCGGAGAGGACGCAGAGACUGCUGGAGGCUGCGGAACGCCGCAAAUUGGAGCUGGAGCAACGCAACAAGCAACUUCAGGAACAGUGGGAGGAGCUGUCAAGUCAGGAGAAGCGACUGUUCGGCGGCGCGGGCUCGGGGCGUCUCAGGGCGUGCGCUUUGGGAGCACUGCAGACCCUGGUGCUGCGCCCGCUCGGCUUCCUGGUGGUGCCGCUGCUCUACUUGGUAUUAGUAAAGCCCGACGUCCUCCGCCAGGGACUCACGCGCCUCGGCUCGGACGCCACCUUCCGCCGCCUACGCUACACGCUGUCCCAGCUGCUCGAGUUGCGCGCGCGCGGGCUGCUGCCUGCCUAGAGCACAUCACGCCGGCCGUGCCCAUCUGCACUUCCGUCUCCCGUGUGGUUCCUGGGGCCCCCGGGGGGAGACGGCUGAGGGUGUGUCCCUCCUGACUGGCCAGGGCACUUCGCCUCAGAGGAUGCCUGUCCUUCCCGCUGGGCCGUGGGUCUCAGGAAGCGUCGCGGGUCUAGGGCCGACCUUUCCCACAGCCUCCUGCUGUUUUUGUUUGUUUUGUUUUGCUCGUUUGUUUUUUUAGCCUUCUACUGUUGCACCUCGGCCAACUCCGACGCUGGUCGACACUGGUCGGCAAUUUUGUUACUGAACUCGUUUGCCCCCUGGCGGUAAGCCUGAGCCUUGGGGAGAAGGGGAUCCUGAUCAGGUUUUCCAGUGGAGUCUAUGAUUCCUUUUUCCUGGCUGUGUGUGGUCGUUCAGAUCCCUGCAGCCCCAUUUCCUCUGGGUGGGUUCCCCAUCCCCAUGCGCACCUGCCUCCCUGUGAUCCCUUUCCCUUUCUGGGCACCUGAGCACAGCCAGCAGUGAAUACUCAGAACUUGGGGCUCCGUGGGUAAUUUUGUUUUUAUUUAAGAGAAAUGUUCUUCGUGGAAAUGAACCUUGAAUUUUAUUUUGUCUGACACCAAUAGUGCUCUGCUUAUUUUACAGUAGUGAAACUGUGAACGGUGAAAUGCUUCAGAGUAUCUCUGUACAUAUACACAGAUUUAGCAGUGAUGUCUAAACAUUUCUUUGUUUGUAGUGAUGAUGGUACUGAGGAUUGAAUUUCGGGCCUUCACACUGAGCUAGGUCCCUAACAGAAACAGUUCUCACUAAACUGCUGGGCUUUAACUUGUGAUCCUUGUACCUUAGCCUCCCAGUGUGCUGAAAUUAUAGGCAUGUACCAAUACUUCAUCCCAGUCUUUUUCAUUUUGGUCUGUAGGCAUUUUUUCAGGCUUUUUUGUUAAAUUUAUUUAUAUAAUUCUUUACAUCAAAUUUAGAAAUUGUGCUUUGAGAUCUAAAUAACUCAUUCUUGCCUGGAAGUAAUAAAGACAUGAUAUUUUUUCCUAAAA